AUGGUAUUCAACAUCCUAGCUCAAGCAGCUUGUUGGGCCUUCACGCUCGUUGCCCGUAUAAGCGGGAAAGCAGGAUGUACGUGUUACGGUGAACCAGCUGCGUUUACGAAUCAGGGACUGGUUACGGGGUUUGCGGAUUCGAACGGGAGUGCUGUGUUUCUUGGGAUUCCGUUUGCGGCGUCUACGGAGGGGGAGAAUAGAUGGAAAGAACCACAACCAGCACCGCUGUUUCGGAAACCGUUUAAUGCGUCAAACUACGGCCAGACUUGUGCUCAAGCAAGUUCAGACGCAGCAUGGAGUCCUCAGGGCGAAGAUUGUUUGAAUCUCAAUAUCUGGGCUCCUUCAAGUGGCAAGAACCUACCUGUAUUCGUCUACAUCUACGGCGGCGCCAUGGUAACCGGCUCCAGCAGCAACACGCAACUCCAAGGAAACAACUUCGCCAGAAAGGGAGUCAUCUACGUCUCAUUCAACCACCGAGAAAGUAUUUUUGCGAGUCCGAAUUCAGGCGAACUGGGCGAGUCGCAGAAUUUUGGGAUCUUGGAUGUUGAGAUGGCUGUUGAGUGGGUGCAUCGGAAUAUCAGAGCUUUCGGCGGUGAUCCUAAACGUAUCGUACUAGGCGGCCACUCAUCUGGAGCAGUACAAGUCGACCACUACCUCUGGAACCACCCACAUACCCACCUCGCCGGCGCCAUCGAAAUGUCCGCCAACUCCGCCUCCGGCCCCGCCUACGCGCCCCAAAACGUCGGAUUAGACGUCGUCGCCGCCGAAGUCGGCUGUCCCACCGGCGCCGGCCAGCUCGAUUGUCUCCGCACAAAAUCAAUAUCCGAGAUCGAAACCGCGAACUUCAAUUCCACGACCAACACCUGGUUCACGCCCGUCGUCGAUGGGAUAACGCGGUAUUCAGUCGCAGAGUACACGGAACGGUUCGCGGCUGGGAAAUACCCGUCAAACGUCCCGCUGAUAACUGGGAAUUCCGCUGGCGAGGGCACGAUCUUCGGGAUCGUGUAUGGGGCGGAGAACACGAAUUUCUCGUCUUGGAUCAACACUUUCGAUGCUGAUAGCGCUCAUAUCCCCGAUGAAGCGCUGUUGGCGGCUUAUAACGCGUCUGAUUUCGCGAGUGUGUCUUUGAUGUCUGGUGCCCAGUACGGCGAUGCAAGAUUCAAUUGUCCUGUGGACUAUUUCGUCGAUUUGCGCAGCGCGGCGCAGAAGACGUGGGAGUAUCGAUGGUUUGGCGCAUAUGAUAAUGUUGUUGGGCCGCCUGGGACAGCGCCUACGCAUGGGACUGAGGUGCCGUUCUUCAUGGGUGGGAAUGAGUGUUUUAGUGCGCUGAGCAAUGUGACUGCAGAACAGCAGGCGUUGGCCGAUUUCACCAACAAUUGGUUUGUGAACUGGAUUAAGAAUCCAGCUGCCGGACCAGGAUGGGCGCAGGUUCAACCGGCUUCUAAUAGUGGUGUUGUGAUGAAGUUGGGUGUUUCUGGGAAUGAGACGGCGUUGAUCGAGGCGAAGAGGAAUGAUUUUAAUGGCAUCUGUCAAUCUGUGUAUAAACAGUACUUGCCAAAAUACCCAGUUGUGCAAAAUCCUGUCACACUAGCUGCAUCCUCUUGA